UGCCAGGAGCUCUUUGCUCGCCACCCUUACGCCCUGUGUUUGUCCCGCAGCCACUUCCGAACCGUGGGCACGGCUGUCAAGGAGGAUGCCCUGGAGCUGAUGAUGCACGUGGUGUCCCAUCAUUCCAAUGAACUUCCUAAUAUCUUGAGUGACUCUGGGCUGAGCCAUGCCGACCGCGCUGCUCACCUCAAUGCUCUUAAGAUGAGCUGCUAUUUGCUGACGGGCCUGAUGGAUGCCUUUGAAAUGGAAACCUGCAAGAACAGUUGUUUGGAGGCAGAUCCUGGUAGGAAGAACAGGAAGAACCAUGCCAAGACUUCUGGAUCCUUGUGGGAAGAGGAGAGGGAGCCACUUUUACGGCUGCUUACACAGCUGCUGCAGCUGGAUCUCCGUCAGCUUUGGGGUGGUUUAGCAGUGGAAGAAGAGUUUUUCAGCUUAAUGACAGGAAGCUGCUACCGUAUCCUGGAGAAUCCAAGUAUUGGCCUUCAGAGGUAUCGUGUCACUCGGGAGGCUGUGACACAUCUGCUUGCUGCAGCUCUGGUUCACUGUGACCACAUGUUCAGUGCCACUCUGAAGAUCACACAGAUGCUGCAGCACUUUGAACAUGUAGCCCCAGUGUUUGCACAGGCUGUGAGCCUCUGGGCUAAAGAGUAUGGUCUGAAAAGCCUGGUGGGUGAAUUGCUAAGGGAAAUUGGACAGAAAUGUCCCCAGGAUUUGGCUCGUGAGGCUUCUGGAGUCAAGGGUUAUGCUACUUUUAUAAGCGAACUGGCUGAACAGAUUCCAACUCUGGUGCUCUCCAACAUGAGUGUUCUCCUGCCUCAUUUGGAUGGGGAGAGUUACAUGAUGCGAAAUGCCAUUCUGGCAGCUAUGGCAGAAGUGCUGGUGCAGGUGCUGAACGGUGACCAGCUGGAGGAAGCUGCCCGUGGUACUCGAGACAAGUUCCUGGAUAUACUGCAGGCCCACGUGUGCGACGUCCAUAGCUUUGUUCGCAGCCGCGUGCUGCAGCUCUUCACCCGCAUCGUUCAGUGCAAGGCCCUGCCUUUGACUCAGUUUCAAUCUGCAGUGUCCCUGGCUGUGGGGCGGCUCCAAGACAAGUCUGUCAUAGUGGUUAAAAAUGCGAUCCAGCUCCUGGCUGCGUUUUUGUCCAACAAUCCCUUCUCCAGCAAGCUAAGCUGUACUGACUUGGAGGAGCCACUGAAAAAAGAAGUGCAGAAACUGAAAGAAAUGAGGGAUCGUAGCAGACCCACAGCAGUAGCUCCCAUGAUUGCCCCAGAGGAAGAGUGGGAAGCGAUGCUGCCAGAAGUUAGGGCUGCCACACAGCAGCUCUUUCAGCCACUGCAGGAAGAGGAAGAAGAGGUGUUGGAAGUUGAAGAAACAGUGGAAAGGACAGUGGAGCAAAUCACCGGGCUGUUGAAGAGGCUGAAUUACAAGAGCGCCGCCCACCUUACGCAGAAGGCCCUGUGUCGCUUCCAGGGAACAGAACCUUUCAUUGGCGCUGGGGAAGAAAACGAGGAGGCAACAAUCCUGAGUGUUCUGAAGAGACUUUACACAGGUUCAUGCCCAGGUGAGAACAGUGAGGAUCCUCCAUGUGACAACAGCAGCGAUAAGAUUGAAGAAGUUGCACAGGAAGAGCAGCCUCAGACAGAGCUGGUCAAACAGGAGAUGUUGGUGCAGUACCUGCAAGAUGCUUACAACUUCUCAGUGAAAAUCACAGAAGCUCUGAACCUGAUCAGCAAGAUGAUGUAUGAAACCUCUGUCUCAGUGGUGCAGGAAGCCAUUGAGUUCUUCGUGACAGUCUCACAGUUUGGUGUGCCCCAGGCACUGCUUGGAGUCCGCAGGAUGCUGCCCCUCAUAUGGUCAAAGGAGCCUGGAAUUAAGGAGGCCGUGCUGAAUGCCUACAGACAACUCUACCUGAGCCACAGCGAGGAUUCAGAGAGGGCAAAAGCACAGGCCCUGGUGCAUUCUCUCUCUCUCAUCAUGGUGGAUGCGUCACUGGGAACAAUACAGUGCUUAGAGGAAAUAAUCUCAGAGUUUGUGCAGAAAGACGAAAUAAAGCCGGCUGUGACCCAGCUGCUUUGGGAACGAUUCACAGAAAAAUCUCCAUGCUCAUCGCUCGAACGCCGCGCUGCUGUGAUGCUGCUGGGGAUGAUGGCACGAGGGAAGCCAGAGAUCAUAGGUAGCAACCUGGACGUUCUGGUGACAGUGGGGCUGUCUGAGAAGGCAUGUGAAGAUUAUAGGCUGCCUCAAGAAGUAUGCUAUGUUAUUUCCAAGCUUGCCAGUAACCCUAAGCCAGCACUGGAGAAGAGCAGUGCCCCUUUUCGACUGCCACAGAACCACAUGCUCUUUGGUUGCCUGAGUGAGACUGUGAGUAAAGGCUUUGCCCAGCCAAGCACUCACUGGAUCCCCUUCAUGGAGGCAGCUGUAACACUCAUCUACCAGCUGGCAGAAGGGGCAGAGGAGAUCUGUGCUGACAUCCUGCAUGUGUGCACUCAGCAAGCUCUGGAGAAGCUGCAGGACGCUGAUGAGCAGAAAGCUGAUGCAGGGGAUGCUCCGAGCAGAGUCUCUGAUGGUGCUGGCAGUCUCCCCACAUUCCUGCUGUUGCACCUGGUAUCCCUUGUGGGACAGGUGGCACUGCAGCAGGUAGCAUAUUUGGAAGUGUCUGUGAAUACAGAGCUACGCAGACGUCGUGUCCUCAAAGAGGAGAAGACCAAGAAGCAAUCUGACACAAGCAUAAAGAAGCAGAGAGCGCAGAGCACAGGGAAUGAGACCACUAUGGAGGAAGAGCUGGGCCUUGUGGGAGCCACAGCUGAUGACACCGAGGCCGAGCUCAUCCGCAGUAUUUGUGAGACAGAACUUCUAGACGGGAAUCACCUGUUCUCCGCCUUUGUCCCACUGGUGCUGAAGAUCUGCAACAACCCUGGACUCUACAGUGACUCGGCGCUGUCAGCUGCCACAGCCCUCACUCUUGGCAAACUCUGCAUGAUCAGCUCUGAGUUCUGUGACUCCCACUUGCGUCUGCUGUUCACGAUGAUGGAGAAGUCCACCCUGCCUGAUGUGAGGUCCAACCUCAUUAUUGCAGCAGGAGAUCUAGCCAUCCGCUUCCCCAACCAGGUGGAGCCUUGGACAUCGCAUCUCUAUGCCAGGUUGCGGGACCCCUGCCCAAGUGUGAGGAAGACAGCUGGGCUGGUGAUGACUCACCUCAUCCUCAAAGACAUGGUAAAGGUGAAGGGCCAAGUGAGUGAAAUGGCAACUCUGCUCAUAGACCCAGAAGAAGAAAUCAUGGGAGUGGCUCAGAACUUCUUCAGUGAACUCGCCAACAAGGGUAAUGCUGUCUAUAACCUGCUUCCAGACAUCAUCAGUCAUCUCUCAGAUCCUAACAGUGGCAUAGAGGAGGAAUCCUUCCACACUAUUAUGAGACAUCUGUUCUCAUAUAUUACAAAAGACAAACAAACAGAGAGCUUGGUGGAGAAACUUUGUCAGAGAUUCCGGACUGCCAGGACUGAGCGUCAAUAUCGGGAUCUGUCCCACUGCCUUACUCUGCUUCCAGUCUCGGAACGGGGCCUUCACAAGCUGCAGGAUAACUAUGACUGCUUUGCAGACAAGCUCCAAGAUCCAGCUGUCUACAAUUGUUUCCAAACUGUGCUGGCUCGAUUCCGCAGAGCAGGCAUCAAACCUGAGACUAAAGCUCUAGCUGAAGAGCUGGAGCAGAAGCUGUCUGCCUCCCAUAACCGAGGACUGGAUUCAACAGAGAUAUGCCAGGAUGGUAGUCAGACUCCAAUGCCAGUGCCAGCCAAGCGGAAACCAAUAGGAAGUUCACGCCGCCAGCCUCUAAGCCCGGCCAACACAGAUGACGAUUUUGUCACACCCCCAUCCCGCACCCUCCGAAAGCGUGCCCAAAAGCGCCAUCCACGCAAAAAAACCACCAUUACCUUCUCCAGCGAUGAGGAGAACAAUUCUGAGGAUGAGCUAUCAGCACAAUUGAGAGAGGAAGAAACCCCCACCAAAACAACUCCCAUCACCAGAUCUUCAGCCCGACGGCUGCGCUGAGGGAACCAUCUGCCACUGCCUUUAACUAAAAAUAAAACUCCCUUUAUGCAACAGUCGCCUUCUCUUGUCUGAACUGGCCCAUAAUACAACAGUGCUUUAAAUGAGGACAAAAUGGACAUUAACACCAGGCUAAAGCAAUUCCAAUCCUUUCUUCUGAUAUCUCCACAAAGAAAGGCAGUGAUGAUGAACAUAGUUGCCACUUGGACUGAUUUUGCCCUGGCUUUGCAGAUGAGAAUAAGCUGCUCUUAUUAAAAUUUUUUAAAAAAAGAAAAAUCUUUGGAAGAAAGUCUUUCUUAAGAAGACUGCAAACUACCCACAGAGUACAAAACGCUCAUUCCUUUCUCAUUUUAUAGUAUGUGCUUUAUACUACACUAUUCAGCUUUUAACACGGGACCAAUGCGGUUGUACUGGGUUUAGGCCCUUUUAUUUUUCAUCCUUUUUGACGCUCUUGUCCUGUAAAGCCAAGCAGGGUUUUGAGGGGAAGGUACCUGGAUCUUUUUCUUGUGCAUAUCUUAUCGAAGAAGUGUUCAAGGAGUGGGGUGUUAGGAGAAGAAGAGAGAGAGAGAGAGAGAGAGGCUAACUUAGACUAGAGCACUUCAAUAAUCAAUAGGAAGGAAGGUCCAUAGGAAAAAAAAAUCUUUUAAAAGCUAAAAAAACAAAACAAAUCCAACACUAAAACUUAAGAAGUAACUUGUAAUAAUGCUAAUUUGAUAAGUUACUAAGUAUACUGAUAGCCUUGAUUGUCUUACUGCUGUCUGGAAUGUAUUUGUUGCAAAUCAAAUUAUGUUUCAAAUAAAA